GUCGAUAUAUAUCGGUGCAAAUACGGUCUAAUCAAGACAAUUGCCGCGCACCUUUCGAGUUCGCCUCUCCGCAAAUCUGCCGCCGCUGUCUCCCGCUCGACUGUUCCACGCGUCAUGUCCAGGCGCAAUCCUCAUCCUAUCACCAUCGCAUAUCGGGACUCCUUGAAAAAAUAUCAACAGCCUGUGAACUGCGCGGUCCGAAGUCGAGCUCCUGGGUCCCUCUCGCGUCAUCUGCACUCAAUGGCCCCCUUCAUCACACCAUCAGCGGGCUUUAUGUCGGGCGGGAGCGCCGGGAGCGCGUUCCCCCUCUCCCCUGUCGAAUCCUUCUCUUGACUUGCUCGCCGUCGAGCUCAUAGAUAACCUUCCGCGAGCCUUGCCAUGCCCAAUCCUCGUCCUCGUCGCGUUCUCGUCAUCGGUGGCGGCGUCGCUGGUCUGGUGACUCUGCGGAACCUAAUCAAGCUCGGUGAACAGAAGGGGCACUUCGAUCGCAUUGAGCUCGUCGAGCGCCGCGAUGAUGUUGGAGGUGUAUGGUACCUCGACAACCCACCUCCCAACUCCACCACCCCUCGCUGGCCAUCCCCCGCCUACCCAGGCCUGAUCGGCAACGUCCUCCCCGAGUACCUCUCCUACUCCGACUACCCUCCCUUCCCCACCCCACCCGGCCACCCUGAGCAGCCCUUCCCCACCCUCCAAGAGACCUACGAAUACCUCAAAGGCUUCGCCAACUCCCUCUCGCCCGGCCGCAUCCGCCUCAACACCGAGGUCGUGCGCGUCGUCGAGAAGGAGGGGCCCGUGCAGAGCAAGGACGGCGGGAACGGGUGGACUGUGGUGCUGCGGGACUGGAAUGAGGGUGGGAAGGAGAAGGAGGAGGAGUGGGACGCGAUCGUGAGCGCGGUGGGGUACUAUGAUACCCCUGUGUGGCCGGACGUGCCCGGGCUGGAUAAGGUGCGGGAGGCGGGGCUGGCGGAGCACGCGAAGACGUAUCGGGGGCCGCAGGGGCUGGAGGGGAAGCGCAUUCUCGUGAUCGGCAAUGCGAACUCGUCGAACGACAUCGCCGCGCACGCCGCCCCGAUCGCGCAGACACCCGUCUACCGCAGUAUCCGGCGGCCCGCGCUGUUCAACUUCCCCAGCCUGCCCGAUUCGAGAAUCAAGGACGUCGCGCCCGUGCGGGAAUACGAACUGGUUGAAGGCGAUGGUGGAGCGAAGAAGGUCCGCACCACCCUCACCGACGGCACCGUCAUCGACGACAUCGACGCCGUCCGCCUCGGCACCGGCUACCGCCCCUUCCCCGACUUCAUCCACGUCCGUGCGCACCCCGCAGCCAUCCCCUCCACCAUCGCCGCCCCCGCCUCUCUCAUGUCCCCACCCCCCUCCCCGCACCGCAUCCCCGCGCUCCACCGGCACAUCCUGUACUCCCCGAACCCCUCCCUCGCGUUCAACGGCUCCGCGAUGUCGCACACGCCGUUCACGAUCGCGGACAUCACAAGCGCGUGGACCGCGCUGGCGUGGACGGGCGAGAUCGCGUACCCGGAGAGCGUGAAGGAGCGGUUGAGGUCGGAGCAGGAGCGGCUGCACGAUGGCACCAUGCCUGGCGCCGCGGCCAAGGACGCCACGACCGCCUGGACCUCCGGCCCCUCCGACGGGCUCACCUACAACGUCUUCGGCGGCUACGAGCAGGAGUACGCUGCGGGCAUCCGCGCGGACAUCGUCAAGGCGCGCCCCGAGCUGCAUAGGGUGCUCCCGGAGUGGGACGACGAGCGGACGAGGCAGCGCGAGGCGAUGUACGCGCUGAAGUACCAGUCGCUGGAAUGGGCGCGGAACAAGCGGGAGGCGGAGGCGAGGGCGAAGCAGGAAGCAGGAACGACGGCGUAGAAGUAGGCGAGAGCAACAUGAUAACAAACGGCCUUGGCAGUUGUGGCGAUGGCGUUGACUGCGUCUCGGGCAUGCUCUUGACUAUCACCUACUGUCUAUUUCGUUCAUAAGCGCCGGUAUCCAUGUUUGUGGCUGCCACUCACUUGUCUAUAGGGACGUUCAAAGUUGAAACCGAAACCGACGGUUGCGGUUCGGCCCCAGGUCCGAGGACCCGGAGGAGGGUCGCGUGCGCUCACGUGUGGACCUACAAGCAUAUAUACCCUUUUUAUAGGACCCCCCGUACACCUUCCCCCUUACAUUCCGCACCUCUCAAAAAACAACCGAAUCCUUGUAAGUUAUAGCACUAUCUUACUGUACCAUAAUUUACUCCGCAAUUUGUCGUAGGUACAAGACGCGGUAUACAAUCGUAUUAUCCCCCGUGCGCUCACGUGUUGCGCGUGGUGAUGACGUGUACGUUGAUCUUCGC